GUCACAUGCAUUUUUCAUCAUGGGAGACUCGUGUAUUCUGUCCAGAGAACAAAUCCUAGAAAUGAGGAAAAUUUUUAAAGAUGUCAGUGUCGAGUAUUUAGAAAAGAAUCUGAGCACUCUUUCUAGUGCUGGGCGUUUGAAGCACAAGAAGGCUUUGGAUGACUUUUAUUCAAGGCUUUUCGUAGAAUACAACAACUAUUCCAGGAAAAGAAAGAGGCCUGAUUGUGAAAGGGUGUUUGAGCCACUUAGCAAGGAAUUGUUGGAUUUGGUUUUCGAAUUAGAAAUCAAGGUUAAAAAAUUGGUAGCCAACAAUUCUGUUAUGAGGCAGAACAACAAAAAAUAUUUGCAAAUGAUCAAUGUUGCUCGCGGCCGUAAAGAAAAGUCCAGUCAGGAAGAAGAAAGCAUUUUGAGCCUCUGCAACAGCAUCGAUAAAGGCCAGUAUACGUUCCAAGCAGAAAGUCAAGUUGCCGAAUGGCUUCAAGAGGCGACGGCUUCGUUUGAAUCCUGCUUGGAACAUAUAGGUGAAUUGAAGUCGCAGGUAGCGAAGACGACUGCCAAGAUCAAAGAGCUGUCAAAAGUUUGCGAGACUCAGUUUUCUGUAGAAGAAGGCAAAAAUGUCGAUGCAGACGGUAUGAAAUUGCCUAUGGCUGAGAGAAGACCUCAGGAUUGGGGAUUUGCGCUUUGA